AUGGCUUCACAUUUCCUCUUAUUUCUCAUUCUUAUCAGUUCAGUGGCGUUGAUGUUAGCGCAGUAUGCAAAUGACUAUGAAGAAGAGCCAACAUAUAUUCGAUUUCAACGCUCUGACAAGUCUGAUGAAGCUGAAGCCCUAGAACGAUCAGGUCGAACAGUCCGGUUGUAUGCCUUGAACAGACUUCUGAAAAAGCCAGUUUUCCAAUUCUCUCACCUGUUCAAAAAAGAAAUGUAG